GGUAGCCAAAGUCAAAGCACCCGUGCGCCUGUCAGAAACAGGAGGGGUACAAAUAAGUCCGUUUCGCAGGCUGCCAGCUACGGCAGCCUCUUACUUUGCUAUUGAUAAUACCUUUUCUAACGGGUUCGACCGACUUUUUCUUUACGACGGUUUUGUGCGAAGUCCUGCUGGAGGAAGGAGAGUGUGUGUCUAUACAUCUGUUGACAGGAGGAUGAAGAAGAGCACACAGAGCUGCUGAUUAGUCUAAGUGUCUCCUCUGGUCAUGGGAUAUAGGAGUUUACUGACCUGGGACUUCUACUGCGUAUGAACCUCUGAGUGUCAAGAUGUCUGACAUCAAAACUGAAGAGAAAAAGAACUCCCCAGAGUCCAUCGCAGAUAGGGAAGAGCUACCCACUUGCUGCACCAUGGCAACAAAGGAUGAGGAAUGCCAUGGCAACAGCUGGGUGGAGCAGCAGCAGAAGACAGAUGCUAACCAGGAACAACCUAGAAAGAAACAGAAGUCUAAGGGGAAGUUAAUUAGAAGUGUAGCUGUGUGUGAUGAGUCUUUACCUGCUGAAUCAAGCAACAAGGGCUUCGAGGAAACAGGUACACCAACAGGAGACAAUGCAAUCAGUUCAGAGUGUGAAGAGGAGGAACAGGGCAGAAGAAAUGGGUGUAGCAGAGUGAAGAAAGCAAGUUUAUCCAAAGAAUUAAGUCUCGAGUACACAGACUCAACAGGCAUUGAUCUAGAAGACUUUCUGAUCACUACUCUGAAGAGCAGUCCCAGAGACAGACUGAUGUUGCUCAAACUGGAGCAAGAUAUGAUUGACUUUAUGAUGGACAACUGCUCUUAUAGGAAGUUUCCUCAGAUGUCCUCCUAUCAUAGGAUGUUGGUUCAUAGAGUUGCGGCGUAUUUUGGACUGGAACACAAUGUGGAUCACAGUGGAAAAGCUGUCAUCAUCAACAAAACCAGCAACUCUAGGAUACCAGAGCAGCGGUUUGCUGAGCAUGCUCAGGAGGAGAAGACUGAGGAAAGAAAGUCAAUACUAAAGAGAGAGAGCAGUCUGGAGAAAGAGGAGACCCAGCAGAGAGCAUCACUGCUGAAGGAGCAAAAGAAGAGUAAGUCUAUUGAGGAGAGAGAGGAGGAGUAUCAACGAGUAAGAGACCGCAUCUUCUCCCAGGACUGCCCUACUCAGAGUGUUUAUAUUGAGACCAGAGGUCCAGAGGAAUGUAGCAGUAUACACAAUGAGACACAAAGGAAGAGACAGCUCUUUAGGGCUAGCAGAGAGGGUUCUGGACAUCUGUCCAGCAGCAGACAGAGCAGUGUAGAGCUGGAGUGUGCCUGGAGUGAGCCCCGACCCUGGAGCAGCACAGACUCAGAGGGCUCCACCUGGACCUCCAAAACCACACACUCACACUCUGACAGCUUCUGCAAAGCAGAGCCUCUGCCCAAUAACAGCUCUGCAUACAUUCUGGUGCCUGUAGAGUCAUCCAUACUUCCUGGGAGUAUUUUACUGAACCCACACACCGGACAGCCAUAUCUGAAUCCUGAUGGAUCUCCAGCCGUCUACAAUCCUCCAGGGAGUCAGCAACCAGUGACCCAUCAGCUAAACACAAUGCAGUCCCAGGCUCCUCCCACUCCCCAUCAACAGCUGCCAAUGGCGAGCCACUCUCUUCCACAGGUUCAGUACUCCUCUGUGACAUACCUUCCACCUCAGCAGGCGAUAACCGUCUCCUCCUCGCAGCUCUACCCACCAGAACAGAGUGUAAGUAUGCAUAAAAUUGUUUCUAAGGCUUUUCAUAAUAAUCGGUUUUACAUAUUUGUGUAUGAUGUAUCACUGUAUAAAUGUAUCACUGAUGAUGUACAAUGCAAAAAAGACCUAGAGCAAAGUUUGUUGUUCUCUCCACAGAGGGAGGAUCUUUCAUCUCAGUUUAGUCACAUGACACUGAAUCGCCAGUCUUCAGGUGAUUUAUCAGAUGUGCCCACCUACUGCUUGCAUAGGGCAGCACCCUCUCACAACUAUGCACAACCUGAGCACAAUUAUGCUCCACCCUUUUCUGCAGACAGCUAUAUAAGCUCAGAAAUGGCAGUCCUGCCCACGCAAACCUGUGGCCAGCAGAGCGCUCAGGCCUCGAUAUAUAGCUACCCAGGUCAAUGCCCCAACACAUCCCACACACAACAGUGUGGGCCAGCUGGUUACAGCACACAGACAGGAUAUGGUGGUCUCAUAGCCAAUCAGCAAGCUUUCCCAAGCAUGGUGGGACCUCAGGUGCUACCGCAAACACAGCAAAGCAUCAUGGGCUCUUAUCCACCUACAUCUUCCUAUCAGAUGGAGCCACAGCUCCAGUCCUACCCGUCUGCACUUGUAUCCCGGUACAGUGGGCAGGCUCAGAAUGCAGCGCCCCCAACUGGAAGAUCAGUGUUCUGCCACCCUCUGCCUUCUUCCCCUCCUCCAACUGUCAGUAUACUAGGAGUUACCUGUCAGUCAAGCAGCUGCAGAAAUACAUGCAUUAGAAGCCAGAACCAAUGUUGGUACUAGCACACACACACACACACACACACUAACGCACUAUUGAGUUACUUACCACACAGUAGCCCAACACACCUGCCUGGGUUCAUACCAGCACCACAGCCUUGACACGUCCAGUUUUUUUCUAUGUAUUGAGUGCCAUUUUAUUUGAGACAUGCACUGCUGUAGUACAAAAAUUCUAUAAUUUUGUGCCACUGUUGCUGUAUAUUGUACGUUUACCGUUGCUGUUUUUUUUUUUUAUUUUACAAUGUUUUAACGUAAUAUAAUAAAAAAAGUUAUUACACAGCCAUUACAUAAUUGUUUGUUGCCCCUACAUCUAUUUUCCAUUUACAGGCUAUUUUGUGCAGUAAACAGUCCUCUUUUGAUAGUAUUAUAGAUGUGCAAGUCAGCUACAUUUUGUCUGUAUAUGAGGAAAUGGAAAUCAGCAGUAAAUCUGGGGGCAUAUGGAAUCCAAUUUCCAAGGAAGAACCUCAAGGAAUAGUGAGGUACAUUUUAUCAAACAAUUUCUGAGGUAUGCCUCUGGCAUUUCCCAAAUAAUCUUGAAAGUGCUUACAUUUCUUCAGAAAUGCCAGUAAAUACAUCGAGUGCUCUUGGGGAGGUGCGUUGUGUAUGCUUUACCUCCUUUUCUGCUCUCACAAUUUUAUAUAUCCCCACAGUGUGAGCAAGCUCAAGAAGAGUGAGUUCAUGAUUUGGAAUUUUGUAAGUAAACAUAAUUCACACAAAUCUUUAUGUAACUGGAUUAGAAGUAAAGUAAUUUCACACUGUCUGUCAAACCAGCACAGCCAGACUCCAAUGUCUUCAGUUUAGAUGAGCUUUAAUAGAAAGGCACAAAUACAGCAAGAGUGUAAUGUGAGAAUUAAAAGCUUUUAAAAACAGAAACGGGUUCAAACUAGACUCCUUGAUUCCAAAAGCACAGUCUAGAUCAGCUCCAACGUCUUUUUCUCCUACAAGAAUUCAAGUAUGUCUAAACUGAUAAGUUACAGCUGAGUUCAACCUCACUGGGAUUUGAUUAAACCGACCCUGGCCUUCUGCUUCCCUGGUUCUGUGUGCUCAUGUGUGCGCGCUCGUGUGUGCGCAUGUAUGUUUUGAGUGUAUGUAGGUAAGGGCAGUAACAGUGGUUCCCAGUUAGGUUUUGUUAUAUGUCCAGUCUGUUUCCAUGGUAAGUAGAGUCUCUGUUGCCAGUGGUAAUGAGUGGAGGUUUAAAAAAAAAAAGGUUAAAAAUAGAGAUGGGCUAGCUGAUGCCAUUAUAACACCCUACUAAGAGAUGGGACUCUGUGUGUGGGGGUUGGGUGUGUUCUUGUAGGAGCAAGAGAAAAAAUAUGAAAUGACAAAUCAAACUCUAAGAAGAUAUAAAGGUACAUUUCACAGGUUCUUAAAUAAACGUGUUAAAAAGGUAAAACUUAAGUUAGAUUACAAGACUCUAAUGCUACUGGUCUAACUGCGCUCCUGAGAACGCACCAAGAAGAAAACUGAAAACAUGCAAAAUCUCAUCUUUAGGUUUAGAGGUCAGCAUUCAUUUUGCUUAGCCUAUUUGACCUGCUGCCUCAAGUAAAAUGUCUGCCUUCACUUAUAAAAAUACAUUUAAAGCAGGUGCAGUCUUUUUUCUGCUGACUGUUUUUGUGUGUACGUGUUUGCACCUGCGAGCAUGUGGGUGUGCGCGCGUGUGUGAGCGUCAGUCUUUUGUGUGUGUGUGUGUGUGUGUGUGUGUGUGUGUGUGUGUGUCAGUCUUGAGUGGAGGGUUCUGAGCAGGAGGGAACACUGCCUGGACACACAUGUACAGUACCACAGCAUGUCUUGAAUAACACUGCCUAAAUUAUAGGCAGAUCAACAAUAAACAAACCCAGUUAAUCCUGGAUUAUACCUCCAACAAACCUAUCUCUGUCUCACAGUUGCAAGAAAGUUUACACGCAUAAGCACACACUCGUGCUGAGAUAGUUGGCUCAUCCGUAGUGCCUCUAUUAGGGUUAUCUUGCACAUUCACACACAUUACAUACAUGCAUGCA